UUAGCUUGUAACACCGGAAGUGGCUUUUGUACAUCCAUGGUUGGCGCGAAUAACAACAACAAAGUUGAUGCUUUAAUUUCGCAAUUUUCGCCAACUGUUCUGAAAUUAUUGUAAAAUGUAUAUAAUUUCUCCGGUACUCCGAAGGCUGUGAAAACUUUAAUAAUAUGAUAUAUGAAUAUUUAUGAUCUUUGCUUGUUUGAAUGUAAGCUAACAUUAACCGGUUACAGUUUCUUUCAAGUAAGAUAGCGCAGGCUCUGUCUAAAGCUGUCAGUAUCGUUUGGUCCUGGUGUAGUUCGAGGAGUUUCUCAAUGACAAGUCAGAUCAAAAAUAAACUAUUUCUACAUGUCUAAUAAGGAGUUCAUAUUGAUAACUGUCAACGUGUAGACACUUGCCUCUUUAUUUGUCUGACAGUCUUGGGUCCAUCAAGAGGAGGUCGACCAUGUCUAAAGGAGACAUAGAAGGCUUCAUCGUGAAGUUUGUGGAAAGUAAAGGACAAAAAACAGAGCAUGCUGUCAAGGCUUAUGAGGCCAUUUUGGAGCUGCAGUCUGAAAAGUACUUGAAAACCAUCAGUGAAGAUGCUGUUUUACAGAUGGAACAGAAGGACAAGUCUCUGUUUGUCUUCAGCUGCUUCACCUCCCCAGCCUUCCUGCACUGCAAAAAACUUGGCUGCCGAAUAGUGAGUCCACUGGUGGUGUUGUACUGCCUGCAACAGCAGCAUUGUGUCCCCAAAGCAGAGAAACCCGUCUAUAACAUGGCCAUGGCUGAUAUCACUAUUUCCUGUACAAGCCUGGAUAAAGCGACACGGGCAGAGGUGAUGGAUCUGGUGCAGCUAAUGGGAGGACGGGUCUAUCUUGACCUAAAUGUAUCUGUCACGCACCUGAUAGCUGGAGAAGUGGGCAGCAAGAAAUACCUGGUAGCUGCCAGCCUGGGUAAACCCAUUCUUCUGCCCGCAUGGGUCAAAGCCUGCUGGGAGAGAUCUCAGGACAGUCUUUUCAGGUACACAGAUCUGCCCAUGGAGGACUAUAUGUGCCCUGUGCUGCGUGGCUGUACUGUUUGUGUGACGGGCCUCUCCAGCACAGAACGUAAAGAGGUGCAGCGGCUCUGUGAACAGCAUGGAGCCAACUACACCGGUCAGCUCAAAAUGAACGAGUGCACACAUCUCAUUGUCAGUGAACCAACAGGUCAGAAGUAUGAGUGUGCACGAAAGUGGAAUGUGUAUUGCGUGACUCUGCACUGGCUGUUUGAUAGCAUCGAGAAGGGCUUUUGUCAAGAUGAGAGCAGGUACAAGGUGGAACGCAACGCACCAAAGACCACUCGACCGCACACUUCCACUCCUACUGGCACUAGCAAGAAGGAGGAGGGGUCAUCACUGUUGGGCCUCAGCCACAUCUCUGUCAACGCCAGCAUGACAAUAAAUGACACAGCUCUCACUAAUGCCACCAUCAGCCGUCUGGAGGCUCCAGAUCCCAUAGAUAGUCUGGACCUGACCGUCUGCCCGGCUGAUGAUAUACUGGAUGGCUGUAAGCUGUACCUGUGUGGCCUGCCAGGGAAAAAGCUGGAGAAACUGCGGCGUCUUGUGAAUGCUGCAGGCGGUCUGCGUUUCAAUCAGCCCAGUGAGGAACUCACACAUGUGGUCAUGGGAGAACUGGACCAGGACCUUAAGAAUUUUCUCUCCAAAGCAACACACAGACCCCAUGUAGUAACCGUGCAAUGGCUGCUGGACAGUUUCAACAAAGGCAGUUUACUCCCAGAAGGAGGUUACCACCACCCUGACUGUCUGCCCCCUGCCCCAGCUGCUGUGUCUGUUCCUUCCCACCAUAUUCCCAGCUCCAGAACCUCAGCUGGUCCCCCGGUCGCUAGUCCCAGCACUCCAAGCCAUAAGAGAGCAGAGGACGAUCUGCUCUCACAGUACAUGGAUGAUGACCCUACAGUAGUUAAUCUGCCCCCACCAGCAGAGGGCAACAGCAGAGGGUCCAUCAGUAUGGCUGCAGAGCCUCAGCCUGAGCACUGGGCACCAAACCAGACCAGAGAACCAGAAUCAAACGCCACCCUGCAAGAAGCCAGCGAGGCAGGCCUGUUUUUCGGGAAAUGUUUUCUUCUUGUGGGCUUCGGCACUGAGGCGGAGGCCCAGCUGUCUCUGUUGGUGACAGAAAAUGGAGGCAAGGUGCUGAUGGGACGCACACGUGUCGUGGCAGACUACGCAGUGGUCCCACUGCUGGGGUGCUCAGUGGAGGCCACAGUGGACGAGGUGGUCACAGAUACCUGGCUGGCCAUGUGUGUGGAGAAGGAGUGUGUUCUCCAGCUGUCUUCCAACCCUUUGUUCACCCCCGUUCCUGUGAUGGAUGGACGUUUUCCUCUCAAAGAUUGUGUCCUGUCCGUCAGCCAGUUCACUGGAGCAGAGAGGGAGUCUUUGGUGGAGCUCGCCAAACACCUCGGAGCCAGUGUACAGGAUUACUUUGUGCGCCUGGCCAACCAGAAGAAAGGCAUGCUGGCCAGCACUCAUCUUGUUUUGCAGAGCCCUGAAGGCACAAAGUACCAGGCAGCAAAGAAAUGGGGGCUCCCUGCCGUCACCAUGCGCUGGAUACUACAGUCUGCUCAGAGCGGCCACAAGGCAGAGGAGGCGCGUUUUCUAGUUGACCUGCCGCCCUCACCAGAGAGGGAUGAUGAGAGUUUUGUCGGUGGCUCCCAGAGGUUCACCAUGCCUCCAGCAGCACGUGCAUCUCCAGAAAUCCCUUUGCUGGGACUCCAGAGCGGUAAGGCUGUUACCCCGCUGGAUUUAGGUCGCUUCCAGAGCAGAGUGUUCCACUCCGUGCUGGAUGAGAUGAAGCCCAAAGAGGACAUCAGCACCCCUAAACAAAACCAGGAAGGCGGCAGAAAGAACCCGCUUCAGAAGGAACCCUCACUGCAGCUGGACACUCCCUCUCGUUUCCUCAGCAGAGACCAGCUUUUCAGGCCCUCCUUUAAUGUCAAGGAUGCACUGGGAGCAUUAGAUACUCCAGGGGAAAGAUCCAAACCAGGAGAGAGGACGGGGACGCCGCUGACUGAUGUCAUCCACAGGAACCUGAAGGUGGCUCUGGCCAAUAGCACCCGAAAUAGCAACUCAGACAUGCAAACUGUCUCUGCUAGCCCCCAACUUGCCAAGACGAUUGAGACGGAGGUCCCAGAGAAAGAAGCUGGCCCUCUGGCUGGUGUUGUGAUCUGUGUUGGAAAGAAGCUCAGCAAAAUGCAAAGUGAACUCAAUGCUAUAGCUGCCUCACUCGGAGCUGACUUCAGGUGGGCUUGUGACGAUACAGUGACGCACUACAUCUACCAGGGCCGUGUGGGGGACAACACCCGGGAAUACAGAGGAGUGAAGGAGAGAGGGCUGCAUGUGGUCUCCCAGUACUGGCUGCACGCAUGUGCAGAGGAGCAGAGGCAUGUCCCCGAGUCUUUGUAUCCUUUCACCUACAACCCCAAGAUGAGCCUAAACCUCAGCCAGGUGCCCAGCAGCUCUCAGAGGUCUCCACCUUUGACACGAACUCAACUCAAAGACAUCACUGAGGCAAAGGAAGACAAGUGUGAAAACAUUGCUUCGGAGGAAGCUACAACCUUACGUCGCGUAAGUGAUGGAAGCGUAGAUCAGGAAGAGAUGCAAGAUGCUGCAGAAAUAAGUAGUAUUUCAGAGACUCUAGAAAUGAGAGAGAACCUCCAAAGACAGCUCCAGGAGAUCAUGUCAGCCACCAAGCUGACGACAGGGAGGCGCACCUCAGUCAGACUCAGCAGGAUGGGAUCUGGAGGAGCCGACUCGGGGCCGCACACCCCUGACGGAAACCGGGUCGGACGCAGUGGGAACAGACGUACUCUGGAAGCACUCAGGGUGUCCAGAGAAGCAGCCAUGGACGUAAACACAGAGCCGUCUCAGAGUGAGCAGAUCGUUUGGGAUGACCCGACAGCGAGAGAGGAGAGGGCCAAGCUGGCUGAUAAUUUACAGUGGCCUGGCAGUCCCUCACAGCACUCUGAGCCCAUUGCAGCUGCACCUCCUCCCACUGCAGAAAAAGGCCCUCAGUUCAGGGACUCCAUGACAGACUCUGAGCUGGUGGAGUUGGCUGCUUGUGACAUCAUCGACCAGCACAUGGGCCAGAAACUGGCGACGCCUCCAACAAAGGAGCGAAAACCUGACAUCCUCACUCCUGAAGCCCCCAGCAUCGCUUUCCCUCUCGCAAACCCCUCAGUAGCUCUGGAGCCACAGGAGGAACGCGAGGAAGAAAAGCAGCCUCCCAGAUUUCAGCUGUCCUCCCUCAGUCCGCAGGAGCGUAUUGAUUACAGUCACCUCAUAGAGGAGCUCGGUGGUGUAGUCCUGGACAAGCAGUCUUUCGACCCCAGCUGCUCCCACGUCAUCGUCGGGACUCCACUGCGUAAUGAAAAGUACCUGGCAGCAAUGGCAGCGGGCAAAUGGAUCCUGCACCGCUCGUACUUGGAGGCCUGCCGCUCUGUGGGUCGCUUCAUCCAGGAGGAUGAGUAUGAGUGGGGCAGUAGCUCCAUUCUCGAUGCGUUGCCCUCCAUCACCUCUCAGCAGAGGAGAUUGGCGUUAGCUGCCAUGCGCUGGAGAAAAACCCUGCAGGCACGCUCUGAGCAAGGGGGAGCCUUCAGUGGAUGGACAGUCAUGCUGAACAUCGACCAGAGCAGAGAAUCAGGCUUCAGACGGUUACUGCAGUCUGGCAGGGCGAAGGUCCUGCCGAGCCCAUCCCCAUCCUUGUACAAGGAGGCAACUCAUCUGUUCGCAGAUUUCAGUCGGUUAAAGCCUGGAGACUUCAGGGUCGAUGUAUCAGAGGCUGCCUCCCAAGGAGUCACAUGCUUGAAGACAGAGUACAUCGCAGAUUACCUCAUGCAGGAGCCAACCCCGCCUAUCGAGCAGUACUACCUGACCAAAGCUCCCUCUGAAGAAACUCCUGGCACUCCGUCACGUAAACGUAAAGCAGCGGCAGACAACUCCAGGCUGAAAAAGACACGUCUGAACUGAACUAUCACUACAAAACAUUGUCGUUAAAAUUCCCAUAUCUGUGAAAAUGAUUGUAAAUAAGAUUAGUUUUAUCUUGUCGGAAAUAAAAUAAAUGUUAUGCUUGUUUUGUCA